AUGGCUUUCAACAUCUCCACAUUGCUCGCCUCCGGUUCUGAACAGUCUCAAGCGGUUCACUCCAUUGAGAUGAACACCGAAGAGGGCUCAUCGACGGAUGAGAAGGAAAUUGUGGAUGUUCUUACGCAUCAUGCUGGUGAACACGAAUGGAUGCAGCCCGGUAGGACCGACGUCGAGACAGAAUGGAGGUGGUGCUUCUGUUUACCGCCGGCGCCGCCACCGCCUCCGCUCUUUGUCGUCGUCGACGCCACCGCCGCAUUCACUGAGGCCACGCCCACUUUUGAGGACUGCAUAUUUAAGAUCGAAGGAGGCCAAGCCUCAUUUCAUAACCUAUCGCAUCGGCUUCCCAUCAUGCAGACUGCGGUAGCCUAUCUACUUGCACUCAUCUUGUUCAUACAAUGUUUUAGUUCCUCUUUGGGAUGGACAAUUGAACGCAACGCUCAGGACGAAGAUGAACAACCUACAGACACCAGAAUGAAUGUCCUGCGACAGAUUGGUGCUUAUCGAUUAUGGAAGCGGGCACAUAACAUCGAGCCAAGAGCGUUGAGUCAAUUCAAGAACUGCUACUUCAGUCCGAUUCAGUGUGUGCUUAUGGAACGUCGUCGACGAUAG